CCUGCAAAAAAACUCUCCACAUAAAAUAACCCUUCUGCAGUAGGCUUCGUGACCAUUUUCGUUGCGCGUGCAGGAAUUGAUAUGAGCUGGCCUUCUAAACUUUCAGCAGCUGCGCCCUCCAUGUGACUCUGCGCUGGACCACAAAAACCUCCUAUAAAUAAUCUUCCCCAGGCCUACACAAUCCUAAGUUCGCUCAAAGCUAUGGAAAGGUCGCGAGCUCGAGUCUUCUUAAGUCAUCUUCUUCCGGCAUUGAAGAAUGUGACGAAAAGAUCUGGUGGGUUCUGCACACAGAAGAGGAAAGAAGCCAUUCGCAUGGCGGCAGACAUAAGCCUGGCCCAGACCGCCAGUGAAAUUGAAGGCUCCGAGUGGAGUCGAGCCCUGAACCUCCGCCUGCACAGAAAGAUCAUGAAGCAGGCUUUAACCUCCAUUAGGUCUAGAGCUAAGCCGGUCAAAAAGAAUGGCGUUUGGGCUAUUGCACGUAGGCUGAGGGUUCUUUCUCUGGACCCUAAAAUCGCCGCCAUUAGUGCAGUGGAGAGAAAGGUGAGAGCUUUGCAGAGGCUUGUACCAGGUGGGAGGGAAAUGAAAAGCAUCGAUCUUCUUUUCCAGGAGACGGCGGAUUACAUUGUGAAUCUUCAAAUGCAAGUGCAUGCCAUGCAAGCUCUCGCGGAUUUUUGCCCCCCUGAGUUUACAGAUCGGUGUGUGGAUGGAGAGUUUCAUAAAUCUAGCAGUUCCCUUCAGCUAUGUAUAGAUCCGGCCAGCAACUAGGAUCUGGGGAAGGACCAGUGUUCAGAAUCAUCUUUUGUACAUAGAAAGGCAAGAGAAUUUGCAUUUUCUUUCUGUUUUGUUCCAGGUUUAGGUAUACAUUAUUUUUUUUCUUUUUUUUGAAUCGUGUCAAAGAGCAAAUCCGUUCCUUACAAUCCAUAAAUGCUGCUCGGGUCCUUGUAUUCGUUGUAUUGAUCUGAUUGGGCUUGCAGACGAGCAUAUCAAUCAGAGUUCAUCAUUAACAGACCACAUUCCUUUCGGUUGGGAUGUGGGUAAAAGUUGUAGCGUUUUCUUCUCACAAACUUCUUGUAAUGGUGAAAUUUGUAUAUUUAAAUAUCAUUUUUCAUUUA